AUGGAACUCGAAGAGUUCUUCGGUAUGAUCCGCCAACAGGUACAGUUUGAAGCAGAUCGGUCGGAAAACGAAACCUACAACGAAACAUGGAUUCAUACGGAUUUUAUUCAGAGGUAUCCGUAUCUUACCAUUCCUUACUUGAUCGUUCUUUCUCUGGCCACAGCGAUGGGAACAAUAGGCAACAUUCUGGUGAUCGGGGCUGUCCUCGUAUCUGCGCGCCUGAGAACCACAGGCAACAUGUUUAUUGUCAACCUUUCGCUUGCGGAUUUGGUCGUCACGACAAUGGUAUUCCCAUUCUGUCUUGUGGGUGUUAUCGGUGGUCCCAAGUUUUUCAUGGACAAAGAGAUCUUGUGUCACGUGGUUGCCGGAAUCUGUCUUCCCAGCUGUGUUUGUUCCUUGUGGAAUAUGGGAGCCAUUGCCUUUAACCGAUACGUUUUUCUAUGCCGUAACCAGGUCUACUCCCGUAUCUACACCCGUUGUAGCACCCUGCUCAUGUGCUUUGGAUUGUGGACUUGCAGUUUUGUUGUCAUGGAGAUGCCCAUCUUAUUGGGCUGGGGCGCCCAUAACUUCGACAUGAAGACAAUGAUGUGCAGCUACUCUCGCCUCGCAAGUUACGCCUUCACCAUGUUCUUCUGCCUCUUCGCAAUCGGCACCCCCAUGAUUCUGGUGUUCUUGUGCUAUCUUCGGAUUUACCUGUACGUCCGAGCGUCCCAACGCCGUCUAAGGGAGUUCUCGCUGGAGUCAUCGAGAAAAGGGAAAGCCUCUAACAGCAUGUCCAACAUGGAAAAACUCGUCAGUAUUCGAAAGAAAGAGGAAAUCCAGCUUGCCCGGACCCUCUUCCUCGUCUUCUUCGUCUACUUCUUUUGUUGGACGCCAUACGCAUGCGUCGUGCUCUCUGACCCCGAGGACAAGUUGCCGAUGGUGGCUCACGUUAUUGUCGUACAACUGGGUCACGGGAACAGCUCCUUGAACAGCAUCAUUUAUGGCUACACUAACAAGCAGUUCCGAGACGGUUACAAGAAAUUUCUCGGUCUCUUUUGCCAAGUGAUGAAGCGAUUUCACAGAAAACUGUCCAGAUCUCAACACACCGAAACCAUAGAAGUCACGGACUUAUUCGCAACAAAGGCGUCCUUGGGAAGAUGCUAA